AACAAUUCCACAGAGAGUAGAGUAGCCAUUGCUCACUCGUAAUGUUGGUUCGUAAGUCCACCUGAUUUGAGUCCUUUAUUUCGAAUCAAGAUUGUCGUUUGUAUUUCUCCCAGGUUGUUAUUUCCUCAUGUUAACUAAAUCCUUAAACCCUAAAUCCGACUUGGUCCAACUCCCUGUUUUGUUUAGAGGAUUACAUUCUCAUAUGAGACCCAACUUUGAUUAUAUACUGUAAUAUUUAGGAGAAUCUUUGGUAGUGAUGAAAACCUGCUUAAGGCUCAUCACAUUCAAAGGUCUAGCUGUAUCCCCCCACAAUUCAAGAUUUCACUGCAAUGGCUUUGGAGACUUCGUUUCUUUGUACAGUUUCAGGUCUCAAUAUCUCUAUUCAACAACCUCAACCCCUGCCCCGACCCAUUUCUUGGUGAAAUACCUCGUUGAUUCUCUCGGUUUCUCCGAAAAAGAAGCAAUAUUGGCAUCUUCAUGUAAAGCCUCAAAGAAUCCAGAUUUAGUCAUCGAUUUCUUGAUACAAACUGGUUUGGACAAGACCCAGAUGAAGAAAAUGGUUUCUACAGUACCCAAAUUGCUAUUCUCUGAUGUUUCCAAGACCUUAAAACCCAAAUUCCAGUGCCUUAUGGAUCUCGGGCUAUCUGGGUCGGACCUAGUGAAUGUAGUUGCUAAGGAUACAAAAAUUAUUGAAAGCGGUUUAGAUACUCAUAUGAGACCUACCAUUGAUUUGCUUAGGAGAAAUUUGGGUAGUGAUGAAAAUAUAGUUAAGGCUAUAAAGAGAUUUCCUUGGUUGCUUACUUUUGGUGCUCGUCAUAUUAUGGAGACUAAUCUAUUGUUGUUGAAAAACUCUGGUGUUCCUGAUGUGAGAAUAAAAAAACUUGUGCUUCGAAAUCCUAGAUGUAUUGCAAAAAUUGUGCCUCAGCGGUUUAAGGGUUUGUUGCAUAGGGUGGAGAACGAAUUUCGAGUUCCGCGUGACUCCUCUAGUUUUCUUUAUGGAUUUCAAGUGCUAACCUCGCAAAAGAAGUCUAUGUUGGAUAGGAAGUUUGGAGUUUUCAAGAGUUUUGGAUGGUCUGAUGAUGAUAUACUCGACAUGUUCCGGAAGCUACCCUUUUGUGUUGGUCUCUCAGAAGUUAGAAUUCAAAAAGCUCUAAAUCUUUUCAUGAAGGAGCUUGGUUUUGAACCUGCUUACUUGGUUUCUCAUCCUGCAAUUUUGGGCUAUAGUCUGGAAAAAAGGGUGGUACCUCGGAUGCAAGUCUUGAAAAUUUUGGACGAAAAGAAGCUUGAGAGGAGAAAGUUGGCUCUUUAUAGUGUGUUGAGCAUAGCAGAGUCAAAGUUCAUAGAGUGUUUUGUGCUGCCCUACAAGGAUCAGAUACCUGAUUUGUAUAAACCACUCAAGAAAAUUGUGGCUCCUUAACAGUUUUAGUUUACUUUUGGCACUAUCGGUGCUGAGAUCUUUCUAAAUCUUCAGUUGUAGUCCACUGCAUUUUCCCUUUUUCAUUUUUCAGUUCGACACGGUGGUGUCGCUAAACAUCAUUCAUGAAAGGCCUUCCUCAUUUUUACAAGGCUGAACUGUUGUAAGCUAUAUGCAAAAUCAAGCUUACCAUCAGAACCUGUACAGAUUCAAUAGAUCUCGUUGAUAAACU